AUGGAAAGCCUAGUUGUGGCAGGAGGAGAGAAAUCUGGAAUUGCUAGCAACGAACUGCACAACCGGCAGAUCUGGGGAAUGGCUGCCCACGGGAAGCAGCUGCAAAAUCCUGCGGAUGCUUCCCAUGGGGAGAGUGUGCCAGGAAAGAUUCAUAACCAGAUAAGUGAGAGCUGCCCAAGAGUCACGCUUAAAGCUCUGGUGGAAGCCCAGAGGAACUCCCGGCUUCAAACGCAGCAUCAGCUCAUUCUGAAACUAGCCUUAACACAGUUGCAUGAUAGCUACUACCUACAGCUCCUGGACCACAAAUUUCUUGCUCAAGUCAAGCAAGGAAAAGAGUAUGUCUUCAUCCCAGCCUUCUCAGGGAGAAUCCUGAAAUAUACUCUGAUUGGUCCAGCGGUUUGGCAGUGGCGGUGGCCUUGUGCAGAUGCAGAGACACAGAUCUUUGUGAAGACCCUGAUGGGCAAAGCCACCACCCUUGAGGUCAAGCCCAGUGACACCAGUGACAACGUCAAAGUCAAAAUCCAAGACAAAGAGGGCACUCCACCUGUCCAGCAGCAUCUGAUUUUCGCGGGCAAACAGCUGGAGGCGGGCCACACUCUGUCAGACUACAAUAUCCAGAAAGAGUCCACCCUGCUGGUGCUUCGCCCAUGGGGCGCCAUCAUGGAGCUUUUCCUCCACCAGCCGGCCCAGAAACAAACCUGUGACAAGAGGAUCGGCUGCAAGCCUCAUGCUCACCUGCACCCUUGUGCGAUCAACUGCUGCAAGAAGAGCAGCGGCCACACCGACAACCUGCACCCCAAGAAGAAGGUCAAGUAA